ACGCAAGAGCAGAGUCAGAUUCUACCUGGAAAUUCGAGAGUCCCAAACCAGUCGCCCAGUUAAUAGCAUACUCCAUCGAAGCUAAUUCAGCCUCUAAAGGAGACGACGCCCUCAGAGGAAAUGAGAUAGCCCAGACCAGUUCUCUGUCCCGAUUUCUCAAAAUAGCACCGCCUGCAACCGAAUUGGAUGGCUAUAUGCUGGUCUAUGUCACAUGUCAUCCGCUACUGGGCUCGGUGUCUACAGGGAUGCAUUUGAUCAGAUGUCUGAGGAUCAGGGUUGCCCCCAGCUGGACGAGAGCAUAGUCACAUAUGGCGAGCACGUGUGCCGUUGAUAUGUUUUGACAUUGUUGAGCUUCAUUUGCCUGAUCGAGUCUUGCGACAGUUUGGGUUUGAGCAGCUCAUUCCACGGCCUAUCGACACUUAUGUAGAGCUUCAUAGGCUGGAUAGGCGUGGGAAGCAUACGGAGGAUUGGGCACUGAGACAUGUUCGAUACGUCACUCUGUGGGACAGGCGAGCUGAGCUAGUUGUGACUGGGACACCGACAUUUGUCCCAUCUGUUUCAGGAGACUACAAGGGAUGGUAUUACAGCAUCACUCGUUUGUUGUGUCUCCUUCGUUCAGACUCCCUACUCAUCAUUAUCAGCCUAGCUCCUUAGCUUUGCAUCUUACGACACGAGCUUUGCAGCGUAUACAUAAGCGGGUUACUGCCACAGUGAGUGAUACUCAUGAUGUUGACAUGUAUGGACAGGCUCUGACAGGCAUUGCCUCCUUGUGUUCAGAUGUGUUGGGGCGAGUCGACUACGGCCAUCUUAUACACAUGCCCCCAUCUCAGGAAAUGCCAUCGACGUCUAGUGCAACGGCGGCUUCAUCCCAGACGCAACAUGAGAGAGUGGUUCUUCAACCACGUCCACGGCGUAGGCAUAGACAUCAGCAGCAACAUCUCCAUGACCAAGAUGACCAUGAGAACUUGUAGUUUGUCUUUUGUAUUGCAG